CCGUCCCGGCGCGAGCGGAGGAGACGCUGCGGCUUGGCCGAGAUGGUGAAGCUGUUCAUCGGGAACCUGCCGCGGGAGGCGACGGAGCAGGAGAUCCGCUCGCUCUUCGAGCAGUACGGCAAGGUGCUGGAGUGCGACAUCAUCAAGAACUACGGCUUCGUGCACAUCGAGGACAAGACGGCGGCCGAGGACGCCAUCCGCAACCUGCACCACCACAAGCUGCACGGCGUCUGCAUCAACGUGGAGGCCAGCAAGAACAAGAGCAAGGCCUCCACCAAGCUGCACGUGGGCAACAUCAGCCCCACCUGCACCAACCUGGAGCUGCGGGCCAAGUUCGAGGAGUACGGCCCCGUCAUCGAGUGCGACAUCGUCAAGGACUAUGCCUUUGUGCACAUGGAGCGGGCGGAGGACGCGGUGGAGGCCAUCCGCGGCCUGGACAACACCGAGUUCCAAGGCAAGCGGAUGCGCGUGCAGUUGUCCACGAGUCGGCUCAGGACUGCGCCCGGGAUGGGAGACAAGAGCGGCUGCUACCGGUGCGGGAAGGAAGGGCACUGGUCUAAAGAGUGUCCGGUAGAUCGCCCGGGGCAAGUGGCUGACUUUACCGAGGCCUAUAAUGAGCAGUACGGAGCGGUGCGCACUCCCUACCCCGCGGGCUAUGGGGAGACCAUGUAUUACGAUGACGGGUAUGGCGGAAUGGUCGACUACUACAAGCGCUACCGCGUGAGGUCCUAUGCGACGGCCUCUGCAUACGACGCCUAUGCAGAGCAGACCAUGGCCCAGUACUCGCAGUACGCGCAGUACUCGCAAGUGCAGUCCACGGCCAUGGCCGCCACCACAGCCAUGGCCAGUCGCAUCCCCACCACCCUAGACCCGUAUGAUAGAGCUCUGCUGCCGACCCCGGGAGCGGCAGCCGCCGUGGCCGCCGCCGCCACCGCGGCCGCGGCGGCCGCCUCCUCCACCUAUUACACCCGGGAUAGAAGCCCCCUGCGCCGCACGGCAGCCGCGGCCACCACCGUCGGAGAGGCUUACACUUACGAUCGUAGUCAGCUGUCGCCGGUCUCGUCGGUCGCUCGGGCCUCCCUCUACGACAUGCAGCGGUUCGAGCGGGACCCGUACGCGGACAGGGCGCGGUACUCUGCGUUUUGAGUCGGAGGUGAGAGCGUUGUGGGUUGAAGGACGCGCGUGCGCACGCGCUGCGGGCGGUCGGGGCCGCCCCGGCGCCAGGUUGGGUCGCGCGCGGCGCUGCCGCUCGCUGGACUCCCCAAACGAGCGGCGGCGGGAGCCCGGCGGCGCAGCGACGCCCGGCCCCGGCUCCGCGGCGUUCCUCGUGGCGCAGGGCUGAGCCGCCGCUGCCAGCUGCUGGGCGUGGGGUUUCUCUGGCCCAGCGGUCGCUCCCCGGGGUUUCUCCUGGGGUUCUUCCCGCCCCAGCUCCGCAGCUCAGGUAGAAACCUCGGCAGUGCGGUGGGGCCAGAGCAGCCUCUGCACGGAGCGGCACCUUCCCGCAGGGCGCUCCCACCUCCGCUGCGGGACACCGCCCUCUCCCAAGGCCGUGGCGGUGCCGGGGCCCCGCUCCCUGCCCCGAAAACGGAGCACGCUCCCCUCCAGGCCCCCGGCACGCGGGCUCGGACGCCCAGCCCGCUCCGGGGCGCGGAGGGCACGUCCCGCCGCAGUAGCGCGGCAGCCCUCGCCAGUGCCUCGCGCCUGCUCCUGGCCUCUUCCUCUGUGCUGGAACAGCCCCGCUGCCUCCCCCGGCCCAGCGCUCGGCCCCGUAGCCCGGUUGUAAUAGGCCUUAAUCUCCCAGGAUGUGACCCCAAAGAGGAAGAAGCUUGGCAGGAAAAUCCCUCCCUGAGGAAGCAGCUCUGGGCUUUCCCCGUACGCUAGGAAUGGCAGAGAC